UGGCAGCUCCACUUUGACUGAUUCCAGGACGCAUGAUCCAAACUCAAUACUGAACUCCAUCAGAUAUGGUUCUGGAAGCAGUGAAAAACACCCCGUGAUACUCCAUCUAUAGAAUUUUUAUUUUUAUUUUUAUUUUUUGUUUCAGACGUAAGCCUCAAAUGGGUCGUUUUUGCUUCGCUUUCUAACCCAUUUUUGACUUAGAAAAUUUCACAAAUCUAUCCAAUUCAUGGCCAUUGACAAACCUUGGAGGAAUUAUCAGCCGACCCAUUUAUUUAUUAUGACCAUUAUUUUAACAAAUCUUCACACACUGAUUGUGUUUUGCUGCUCAGUAUCUUCUGGGUGAGGUUAAGAUAUACAAGUAGAAGUUUGAGGCUUACUAGGUUUGAAAAGAUGGCCAUGGCUGCUACUGUGAAAGUGGUUCUUGGAUCAAUUGCCUUUGCCAUUUUCUGGAUGUUGGCGGUUUUCCCAGCUGUCCCUUUCCUGCCAAUUGGGAGGACUGCAGGGUCCCUUCUAGGGGCAAUGCUCAUGGUCAUUUUCCAAGUCAUAACUCCAGAUCAAGCAUAUGCUGCUAUUGAUCUUCCAAUCCUCGGUCUUCUCUUCGGGACAAUGGUUGUUAGUGUCUAUCUAGAAAGAGCAGACAUGUUUAAAUACUUGGGUCAAUUACUAUUGUGGAAGAGCAAGGGAUCUAAGGACUUACUCUGUCGAAUCUGCCUCAUUUCUGCCAUUUCCAGUUCCCUUUUCACCAAUGAUACCUCUUGUGUAGUUUUGACGGAGUUUGUGUUAAAAAUUGUGAGACAGCAGAAUCUUCCACCUCAUCCUUUCCUACUAGCCCUUGCCUCAAGUGCGAAUAUUGGGUCUUCGGCAACUCCUAUUGGGAACCCCCAGAACCUGGUCAUAGCUGUUAUGAGUAAAAUUUCUUUCGGUAAUUUCUUGAUUGGAAUACUCCCUGCGAUGCUUGUGGGAGUUUGUGUGAAUGCUUUGAUUCUUCUAUGCAUGUAUUGGAAGGUGUUAUCUGUUCAGAAGGAUGAAGAAGACGCAUCUACUGAAGUGGUGGCGGAGGAAGAUGUGGUUUCCCACCGCUUUUCACCAGCGACUAUGUCACAUAUUACAUCCUUGAAUUCGCAAGAAUGGAGCUCUACAUUGGAAACCACGAAUAUCCACAACUCUCCCAAUGUCAAUGGGAACAUGGGUCAUGGUGAGACUAUAAGGAAUCGGAGAACUCAAAGUGAGAAUGAAAUCUACAGGUCCCCUAGUGGGGGGUCUGAGUCCGCGAAUAAUUCGACUGCAUCAAAAGAGUUGACAAAUGAUGGACUUACUCAAAGAAGGGAGGAAAAUUUUCCAUCAAGAAUGAUGUCACCUAUGAAUGGAUUGACACAUGCAAACUCCGUGCAUUCUCUGGAAGAAAAGGAUGGUUUGACCACGAGAUGGAAAAGGAUGCUAUGGAAGAGUUGUGUUUACCUUGUUACUAUUGGAAUGCUUAUUUCUUUGCUUAUGGGUCUAAAUAUGUCAUGGACUGCAAUCACUGCUGCACUUGCUCUUGUGGUUCUUGAUUUUAAGGAUGCUCGACCAAGCUUAGAAAAGGUAUCUUAUUCACUUUUGAUAUUCUUUUGCGGAAUGUUCAUCACAGUCGAUGGUUUUAAUAAAACAGGAAUUCCAAGCACCCUAUGGGAAUUCGUGGAGCCUUAUGCACAUAUUGAUCACGUUGGCGGGAUAGCAGUUCUUGCUGCUGUCAUACUUGUCCUCUCAAAUGUGGCUUCAAAUGUUCCUACUGUUUUAUUGCUUGGAGGACGGGUGGCUGCAUCAGCAGCCGCAAUAUCUCCAGCCAACGAGAAGAAAGCCUGGCUCAUAUUAGCUUGGGUUAGCACUGUAGCUGGAAACCUCUCAUUAUUGGGAUCGGCUGCCAACUUGAUAGUGUGUGAGCAAGCUCGCCGUGCUCAACAUCUUGAGUACACUUUAUCUUUCUGGAUCCACCUCAAAUUCGGAGUUCCCUCUACUUUGAUAGUCACUGCCAUCGGCUUGACGCUCAUAAAGUGAUGAGACCUCCGUUCUCUGAAGAUUCUUCCUGUAAAAAUUUUUGCACAUAAAGAGAUUCAUGACACCAAUAUGUUUCAACACUCCUGGGUUCUGAAGAAAGUAGGUAUGAAUUAUGUAGUUUGUUUAUUUGUUUCCAUAUUAUAUAGAAGAAUUUGUAUUUGCCACUAAAUGCUACUUGAAAUAAUUGAAUAGAACAAGAAUUAGUUGUGCAAUGAUAGAUCAGUUGCCUAGUUUUUUUCCUA